AUGAUUCAAUUCCGCUCCACCGAUGUCACAACAUUUUCAAUAAACCGCAAUCAGUUUUCCGUACGAGUGAGACGUACCGAGUGUUCCUCAAAGAUUCAGCGGGGCAGAACUCCUGAUAAUGAAGUCGGCAGUUUACGAUGGUGCUCGACUUCACUCCACAGCAGUGUUGGCGAAACAAUGGGCUCGGGAAAAGGGGCGUUGAACAACAGUUCAGUCCUACGAUUACGCCUGUAG